AUGGUUCUAUAUACUGGAACAGGAGGAACUACCUUUACUUCAACAGGUCAAGUUAAAUUUUCUGCAGGAUCAUUUACGAGCCCUGCAUCUGGGGAAUAUAAUGUUGGAGGAACUUCUGUUACUACUACACUAAGCGUAACACCUGACUCUUCGAUAACUUCCGACGUAACUUCAGGCUGGAUUGGGGUGGGGCUACCUGCAGGUUUUACUUCUUCGUCAACAAAACUAAGCCUAGGCUCAAAUUCUGCAGCAUUUUAUAGUGUUUAUUCAUCAAGCAGCUCAUUUACAGGAGGAUUCAUGAUUGCACCACUUUCAGCCAGUAUGUUAGUUGCUAAAACAGUAGCAAAUACUCUUUCAAUGGAUAGUGGCCUAAUUGUUCCAUCUUCUACAGGGUCAUCAUCAGGGGCAGGAACAGGAACGUUCACAGUAUUUAUGGCAGGCUCUACAAUAGGCAGCCAAUGCACAUGCGCAUCACAAUCAUCCCCAAUAACAGUUAGUAUCAACCCUGCAACGAUUACUUCUGAUACCUGUACAAUAGACAAACUCUACGCUCAAGGCUCAGACUCAGUCGAUUCUACCCUCACCUUUACAUUUACUACUGUAAACCCUAUUCCUGCAGGCGGAAAAAUUACUAUUACUCUAGCUUCAGGCUCCUGGACAUUGCAAUCAUCAUCUCCUCUUGUAACCACAUGCCAAGGAGUUGGGUUCUCUGAUCAAUCACAAGCUCUCUUGCAAUCAUGUGCUGUAUCAGGAACAACAGUCAGUUUGACUCAAUUUUCUAAGAUUGCUGAAAGUUCAGUCAGUGUAAAGCUGUAUUAUGUAAUCCCAACAUCCACAGCUGCAGGCUCAAUAUAUUGCUAUACUGCUUUAAGUACUUAUGAUGAAAAUGGCAAUGUUAUAGAUUCUGCAUCUAGCUUAACUAACUCUGUCACUGUAGUAGUUUCAACUGCAGCAGGUACCACAAACACCAAUUCUUUUGUUACUAAACCAUAUCCAAAUGUAGCUAGGGAAACCACUGGCUAG